GAAUAGAAUAGAGCCGCUCAUCGUCACUCGCUCCACCUUCGCCAUCAUCAAUGCUCACCUCUGCAAAUUAGGGUUCAUUAGCCUUCACAGCAAUCGGUUCACUUCAAAAUUACAAAAGAAAGCGAGGCAGAGAGAAAUGUGGAUCCUCCAGAUGUCCCUCCCAAUCCCAACACCCCCGCGAAACCUGUCUUCCUCUAGGGUUUUAUCCGGCACGAACCCCAUCCCUACGAAUCUCUUCCUCACCACUAACCUCUCUGUCCCCUCCCUCCUCCCCGCCAGAACCCCCUGGAUCACGGUGACCCCGGUUCGCAUGGGCGGCGGCCCUAGAACCUUCCCCGGUGGCGUCUCCAAGUGGCAGUGGAAGCGGAUGCAGGCCAAGAAGGCCAAGCAGCUCCUCAAAGCCCGCCUCGCCCGUGAGCGCCAAAUCUACGAGAUGCGCAAACGCGCCGAGCUCAAAGCCGCGGUUUCCGAGCUCGAGCGGCCAUGGGAGGUGGUCGAGAAAGCGCCCAAGCUGUUCUCCGUGAGCGCCGACGAGCAGGUCAAGGUUUUGGCCGACAGGUUUCAGAGGCCCGGCGGCUUCGACAUGUGGUCUGAAAAGGACGGACCGGAGCUGUUCUCGCAUGUGGAUGGAGUCGCUUCUGCCAGGUUUUUCCCCAAAGGGGUUGUUCAUAGUAUCAAGCCCUACGGGAAAAUCGACGACGGUUCCGAUGGUACGGGGGAAUUGGAUUUGCCGACUUCGGUUUCGAAGCCUGAAACUCCUGAACAAAGAAAUGGCCACUUGUAUUCGGGAAGGUUUGGAGGUGUGUCGAGAGGUGAAGGUCGCUUUGAGACCAAGAAUUUUGUAAAAUCUUCUGUGGAAAGAAAUAGUAAGGAUUCUAAUGCUAAAUUUAGGAAGAAGGGGAAGAGGAGAAGCUCUCGGAUUGAGAAUUGGAACAAUUUGAACGGGGAACAAAGGAGGGAGACUCCGGCGGCUUACAGCGGUGGUAAUGGGAGAAGGGGCAGUGGCUUACAGAAAUUGGUAGAUCUGAAUUCUGAAGUGCAUGACUUGAGUCUUCAACAUGAUGGGAGCUACGGUUUUCAAGCAGAGAACUUGGGAUGUGACUCGAGUUCUGGGGCUAGAAUUGGAAAUGCUGUCAAAAACGAGCCAUUUUAACUUAGUGUACAUUAGUUGGAUGGCAAGACUCUUUGAUAAUUGAGAAAGUUCCGCUACAUUGUUAUACCCCAAAACUGGUGGACUUUGACUUGAAGCUGGUUGAGCCCCUCGUUCGGUACAAGAAGUAGAUUGUAAGUAUUAAGGUUUCAAAAUGGUCAGGUAAUGACCAUCAUUUUUCUUAAGAAAUUGUUUAUACUUGUACUUCAACUCUAAUAUUUAUGUGCAAUGUAAAAUUUUAACUUGAGUCUUGCUUAUUUGACUCAUGGUAUAAUAAAGUUGUUGGAUAGAAAUGUUCCUAUUGUCAAACUUAUUUCCAGUUUCCUGUUU